AUGACCUCUCUCACCACUACCCCCCCUCGUUCCAUCCUCAUUGGCAAGCAAAAGGACCAAGUCCAUGCCAAUGUCCGAAUCGUCCAUGAGAAAGCUCGCUCCAAUGGUUCAGAUGUCUCAUACACUGAAUAUCCCAUCGUGCCUAUUCCCGCGCACCUCGCCGACGAAACUUCAUCGAAUGAUAGCUACCGCGCUUCGCAGCCUUCGUCUCUGAGAUCAUGGGUCUUUGAGUCAGUCGGUACACCAGAUACUCAGAGAACUUCGGUGACUAGUCGCCCUGGCUCAAAGGGCACCGAUCUAAUUGCUCCUAUUCCCCGCCUUCCUAUCUCAAUCAGCAACAACACAUCUGUUGGCUCUCACUCUGAUGCUGGCCACUCGUCUACUCCUUCUGUUGAUGAUGAGAUCACGCCUGUUCCUCAACCCUCGGCCGAGCGCGAUAAUACACCGGAGUUCAAGAGGGAUGGUGCUGAACAGGCUAAGCCCAAGGUCGAGACUGCUUCUGAGGAUGAUGUCGGCAAUGCUGUCUUGCUGAAGCGUGGCAAGAGAAAGGUCACUAUUCAAAAGUACGUUCUCACAGCUGGUCUGAUUGCAGUCAACUUCAUGUUCAUCUUUGCCAGUUGGUACUGGCCCAGAUACUACUACAUCUACCUACCCUUCAUCUCCUUCCCCCUCGUCCUCAACUGCAUCAUGAUCGCUUCCAUCGCUGCCUUCACCCUCAUCCACUGGGUCAGUCCCGAGGAGCAAAUCAAGCCCGCAUCCCCCGAGAACAUGGUCUACGUAAUACCCUGCUACAACGAGACUCUCGAAGAGUGCACUCGGUCCCUCGACUCUCUUGUCAACCAGACAGGGCUUGAGAAUCACAAGAAGGGCAUCAUGGUUAUCUGUGAUGGCCGUGUUCGUGGUCCUGGUAUGACAAAGACCACUGGCGACUACCUCAACGAGGAUAUCUUCCUUCACCAGACACAGAGGAAGAAGAUUCGAGGCGCAUAUACUGCUUGGGACGGUCAGCAGAUGGACAUUGAGAUCUCGAAGGGCUUCUACAAGGGCCUGCCCUUUUACUGUAUCGUCAAGGACCAGAACCAAGGCAAGCGUGACAGUCUCAUCGUCAUUCGAUCUUUCCUCUACAAGUUCAACACACGUGCCCAGAACCCUGAAUCCAUCUUCUCGCGUGAGUUCCUCGACUCCAUGACUAGCUGGCUUGAGAACGAGGUCAAGAUGGACAACGUUGAUCAUCUCAUUGGGAUGGAUGCCGAUACUGUCUUUGAGGACGGGUGUGUCACUGAGCUUCUCAAGGAGUCGUACUAUCCCAACACUGUCGGUGUCUGCGGUUACGUUGCUGUUGACUUCAAAGAUGGCAACUGGAACCUCUGGUCCAUUUACCAAUCUGCCGAGUACACCAUCGCCCAGGGUCUUCGUCGUCUUCAUCAGUCCAUCGCCACCAAGAAGGUCUCCUGUCUUCCUGGAUGCUGCCAACUUCUCAAGAUCUGCGAUGAAACCUGUGGUGAUCUCGUUCUCAUUGACCUCUUCGGUUACUUCCCCAAACACAUGGACGGUAUGCUCAAGCGUAUCCGCGCUACAGCCUCAGAGGAUCGUAACCACAUUUGCCAAUUGCUCGUCACGUUCCCUCACGCCCAGACUCGCCAGGCCCUUUUUGCCCGCGCUUACACUGACGUCCCUCACUCUUGGAACGUCUUCCUCUCUCAGCGUCGUCGCUGGACUCUUGGUGCUACUAGCAACGACCUUCUGCUCUUCUGUGCUUGGAACACUCAAUGGUGGGAGCGCAUCGUUGCUUUCUCCAACGUUCUCACCUGGUCUCUCAACGUGUUCGUCAUUGCAUCGAUUGGCUGUAUGAUUGUCGCUUUCAUGAGUCAACCUUGGUGGCUAAUCAUGUGUUUCGCUGGUGUAAUGAUUAUCCCUCUUCUAUACUAUGUAAUCAUGGCUACUUGGCUUCCUCGAAACCUUGUUGAGCGUGCCCAGUUCCUGCUGGGCCUGGCUGUCUUUGUCUUCCUCGGUCCUUUCCUCAACAUCGCUGUUAUGCUAUACGCGGUUGUCAACAUGGACAACUUUGGCUGGGGUAAGACAAGGAAGGUCAUCACCGAUGAUUCCGAAGAGGAGAAGUCAUCGCAGAAGGAGGGUGUUGUCUCUGAUAGCAGCUCGACUGAGCCUAAGGAGAAGACUGCUACAGCAGUGUAG